CGGAGCAGAAGCAAAGAGAUGAAGAGAUUUAUUUGGGAGCUUUUUGAACGUCCUGUAUUUAGAUCACAUGAUAACAUUUCUAUAAUAAAUUAUACUCAGCGUGCUAAUGCACGAAGAGACACACUGAACAGAAGACGCUGCUGACAGAUAGCAAAAUUAUAUGCCUACUACCUGGACAGGUAACUAUCAGUCAUUCAAACUUAUUUAUUAAAAAAAAAAGACCUAUCACUGUUUGUCACACAACCUAAGUUAAUGCCUUUUUGUAGUCACUAGCUGAGAUUUACAAUUGAAACAGUGAGUGAUCUUUUCCCACCCAUGUAAAUGCAUGCACAUAGGAUAAUAUGUAAAUGAGAAUUGAGCAUUAAGUUGUAUCUAAUUACUCAUAUAAUGCUUAAAGGACUUAAAGUAAACAUGAAACAACCUUCACAACCCAUUUGACCGAAUAUUGGCUGAAAAAACGGGGUUUGCUGUUUUUUUUAUUAUUGCUGAAAUCUUUAUUACAUUAAUGUUUAAAAAGACUGCAUUGCAUGUAACAAUGUUGCGUAUUGAUUAUAGAUCGUUUGAAAUGUCAGCCAAAGUUGCGUCGGAUACAUUGCAGUUUUGUUAUUAAGACUCUAAAGUAAAUCGGGUUCGUUUUGAUUUCAUGUUUACUUUAAUGUUGUUCAAACUCAGGUAAAAUACUUUAAAUGUAAUUUUGCAAUUUCUGAAAAAAGGUAUUUUUCACUCCAGGAUCGUUCUGUUUUUCACAGUGUUUGUGAAUUGUGUUUAAAUGUGCUAGUUAAAUGCACUGAAUAAUGAAAUGAACACUAUACACCUUGCACACGUUGGAUGGUGGUGGAAGUUGGGAUAGGGUUCAUGCAAUUGAUAAAGUUAAAGUGUUUGUCUUGUCAGAAUACUUGGCAAGUUUGUUCUCAAAGCAAUGUACUAACUCUCUUUGUUGCACUAUUUUCCUGAAAGAGACCAAUUCUUCUUAAAACAGGUAUGGAAGAAGGACUCUCUGAAAUGUCGGAGCGGAUCAGAGGAGAUGGAGCUGUCGGAUAAGGGCCACGAUAGGCUGUCUGAAGAAAAGGAGGAACGACAACGUCGUAAAGAAAGGAAGUCCUCCAAGACGAGAAGCACGUCGAGAUCACGCUCUCGAGAAAGACGACACCAUAAUCGAAACUGGGACAAAAAAAGAUCUCGCUCACGCAGCGGUGACAAGAGAUCAAGGAGUCGUGAGAAGAAGAGACGGGGCAGAUCUCCAUCAAACUCCAAAACCAAACACAGACAUCGCAGCAGGAGCAGAGAGAAGAAGAAGAGAGUGGAAAAAAUGAGGAGGAGAAGUCGUAGUCGAUCAGUCAGUCCUGUGGCCUUCAGGGGCAGAAACACAGCCAUGGAUGCUCAGGAGGCGCUGGCCAGAAGGUUGGAAAGAGCAAAGAAACUUCAAGAACAGAAAGAGAAAGAGCUGCUAGAAAAACAACAUCAGGAGAGAACAGCAGCAACGGCUCCGUUGUUGGGUGACGGCGCCACUGCUGCAGCCGGCCCUGCUCUGAACGUUGCCGCACUGCUGGCUUCCGGCACGCAAGUAACCCCCCAGAUUGCCAUGGCUGCUCAGAUGGCGGCGCUUCAGGCCAAAACGCUGGCAGAGACUGGCAUCGCUGUGCCGAGCUACUACAAUCCCUCUGCGGUCAACCCAAUGAAGUUUGCCGAGCAGGAGAAGAAGAGGAAGAUGUUGUGGCAGGGGAAGAAAGAAGGGGACAACAAGUCACAGACGGCUGAGCUUUGGGAAAAGCUCAAUUUCGGCAACAAGGACCAAAAUGUUAAAUUUCGCAAACUGAUGGGCAUUAAAGGUGAAGAGGAAAGCGGUCCAUCAGGAGGAGCAGCAGCAUCAGCUCAUGAAGAAGAUGGUUUGAAGACCUUGCAGCAGCAGGAGGAGAUGUUUCGCAACCUGGACGUCCAGUACGAGAUGGCUAGAUCGCAGACGCACACACAGAGAGGAAUGGGCCUCGGCUUCUCCUCCUCUUUCUCCUCCAGGGGAAUGGAUCCUGUUUGAACUUCCUCUAUCGUCAUUCUCCAUUUUGUAUUGUUGUCGACUUUCCAGCUGUAAGGCCGGUGUGUAUCUGUUUGUAGAGAAUGCUGACACGGUAGCUUGUGUAGAUAUCGGCUUCAUCAGAUCUGGCUGGAUCAUCUUGGAAAAAUUCACAUGUAAAUACAAUUGAUCACUCAAACAAGAUUUGUCGCUUGGUUUCUGGAAAUAGUGUGUUUGAUACAAAGCUUUCGUUGGGAUUUAUGGUGGGCAUUGUAAUUGUAUAACUGUUUGUUUGUUUUUUUAUUAAAACUGUGUUUACAGAUAUGCCAUCUCAAAUGCAUGUGACGGACUAAUACACACUGACAUUGUUGGCCUAAUAACAAAGAAUACUGUCAGGGUAUCCAAAGGUAACAGAUCUGUGUGUUUUAUUUAUGAUUACUGAAUCAUAUGAAGCUACAGCCUGAUGCACUGUCUGCCUUGACGGUUUUGUCCUCAGAUGUAAAUGUUACAUUGUCCAUCAAAGUACAACAUUAGAGGAUGUUCUUCUAUUCUGAAGUAUUGUCACUAUAUAGCAAUGGCAUCGAAAGGCACGAUGCACACCCCCUUCAGACGUCACUCUGUAAAAUAUCAGUGUAUAGUAAGCAGGUCAUAGCACAAAAUAAACCUUGACACAAAGUGAAA